CGUUCCCAGAAUGCACCUUGUAUCAACAAGGCGGCGGUGGCGGCUUCCCGAAGUCCAGGCAUUUGGCAGAGUAGCACUCAGCCCGAACACUGUCCCGCCAGUCGGUGUUGUGGCGACUGCGGCCAUGGCGGACUCGGCACCUGCUCGGCACAGGAGGAAACGGCGUUCUACACCAUUAGCUCCUGCCACACCACCUUCACAAACAGCAGAGAAAAGCCCAUAUUUUCAGACCACAGAAAUCUCACUUUGGACAGUGGUGGCUGCUAUUCAGGCUGUGGAGAAGAAGAUGGAAUCCCAGGCUGCCCGACUACAGAGCCUUGAGGGACGUGCAGGGACAGCUGAGAAAAAGCUGGCUGACUUUGAGAAGACAGCUGUGGAGUUCAGCAACCAGCUGGAGGGCAAGUGGGCCGUGCUGGGGACCCUGCUACAGGAGUACGGGCUGCUGCAGCGGCGGCUGGAGAACGUAGAGAACCUGCUUCGCAACAGGAACUUCUGGGUCCUGCGGCUGCCCCCUGGUAGCAAGGGGGAACCCCCCAAGGUGUCUGGACCCCUCGAGAAUGAUGGGGUCUGUUUCUCAGAACAGGAGUGGGAGAACCUGGAGGACUGGCAGAGGGAGCUUUACAGAAAUGUCAUGGAGAGCAACUAUGAGACGCUGGUCUCUCUGAAGGUCCUUGGGCAGCCAGAAGAAGAAGGAGAAUUGGGUGCAGAGAUGGUGGGUGAAUUGGUGGAAGAAGGAACCCACCUGGCAGAUAGGGCCAUGGUUAAACAGGAGGUGCUGUACAAGCAGGAGGGCCCUGCAGGUCUUCCCAGCAUGUUUUCCAGUGCUGCUGAACAGCAGGCUUGCUUUGGCACAGAGCAGGCUGUGUUCUGGAAUAGUCCAGGAGAUCCUGCUCUCUUGGAAACAGGCCCUGGGAACUCUACCCCUGAGUCUGUUGAGGGCAGUAGAGACCCUGCCCCUGGUAGUAAACUGAUCUGCCCUGGAAAACAGAAGUCCCACAGGCAGAGACAGUUGGGUCAGGCAUGUGGACAGGGCCUGAAGGUGAAAAGGGACACCAGCCCAUACAAAUGUUCGGAAUGCCAGAUCAGCUUCCGCUACAAGCAGCAGCUGACUACACAUAUGCAGAGCCACGUGGGCAGAGAGUCUUACUCAGCCACAGAACCAGAGGAGAGCCCUAGGCCCAAACCACGACUGCAGCCACAGGCCAAGAAGUCGAAGCUACAUCAGUGUGAUGUGUGCCACAGGAGCUUCAGCUGCAAGGUCAGCCUGGUGACCCACCAGCGCUGCCACCAGCGGGAGGGCCCGGGCACCAGUCCACAUAUCCAGGAGAGAUUCUCACCUAACAGCUUAGUUGCUCUGCCUGGCCACAUCCCUUGGAGGAAAAGUCGGAGUUCUCUCAUCUGUGGGUACUGUGGCAAGAGUUUCAGCCACCCAUCUGAUCUGGUGCGGCAUCAGCGCAUCCACACAGGGGAGCGGCCCUACAGUUGCCCUGAGUGUGAGAAGAGCUUUGUUCAGAAGCAGCACCUCCUGCAGCACCAGAAAAUUCACCAGCGGGAGCGAGUUGCUCUGGCUCCAGAGCAUGGAAGGCCCAAUGGCCUGCUUUAAGGUUGCCAGCCCCUUACCGGCCGGGGGCUGGAGGGGGGGUGGCAUGAGUCCCCCGCAGAGACACUACAGAGUCAGGCUGACUUCUUCCUGAGAAUUGUUUCUGCUUUGCCCCCCUUGGCUAAGCACAAAGGCUAGUCUGAGACACAGGAGAGAAGACCUAAGGCCCCAGCCUCUGCCAUCUAGGCCCUGCUACUGGGUUUGCUGUUUGUUUAGCCCUUUUCGGGCCCCUGUUUCUGAUGUACUGUCACACCACAGGGACUGGUGGCUAGUUCCAGGGCCCAUUCUAGCAUUUCACACGUCUUCCCACAGUUAAAUGGGGCCACAGAGGUAUGUGGAGAGUUCCAGGGAGUAUUAUCGUCCAUUUCCUGUCCUUUUGUAGCUUUCUUGUUAAUAACGAAUAUAAAUAAUUUAAAGGAACUGCUUAGGUUGUUCUAAAGACCCCUUUUUGAAGUUAGAGUCUUGUUGAGUUUUUUAAUAUGUAGCUUAAAACUUGUUUUAUAAAUUUCAAGAGUUGUAGAAUUUGUUCCUAACCUGGGAACUGAGCCUACCCUCCAGGAGGGAAUAAUUAUGGGCUCUUUUAGCCCACCCACACUUAACAUAGGUUGGAGAGCCAAGACACACUGCUGGGUUCCCCCAGUGGGUUACUGAAUAUACUCAGAUGGGGCUAGUUUUCUCAGGUGGGCCAAGAGGAAGGCCCUGAAGGCCCUGCUGGAUGUCAAGACUUGUGUGAAGAAGCUGAGAGCUCAGUUCUGGGAGUUUGGUGUCUCGUGCACUCUCUCCCCUGUCUGUCCCCGGCUGUGCUGUGUUUCUGUUUCUGCAGCUCUGUGGGGGUGGGGAAUACGGAAGACUGAGGUUGAUUCUGUUACACCAGGUCUCACUUGAGGUCGUUCAGAUUAGACUCUCCAGUGUCUGCCCCAGAGACGAAGGAGGAAAAACACAGGUGCUUGUCUCAGGAGUGUUGAGUACCUGCCCCACACUGUCAUUUGCGGAGGGAGGUGAGAGUGGGUUCCUUGCUCAUAGGUGAAUGUAUCCUUGAAUGAUUUACAGUUGUCUGGAAUAAAUCUUGUUACUUG